CAACGCUGUCGUAUCAUCUUCUAUUUGCGGGCUUCAACAGCCGAAGGGAGAAGGCCGCUAACACAAAUGCCAAGUUUUGGUGGGUAAGCAGAGGUGAAGAAAUGGCACUCACAAGACGAAUCUCAUCAAGCAUUCCCCAUUAUUUUGGAUUUGCAGAGAGGUCUUUCAAAUCUUACAAAUUACCCGGAGGUCCCUCUUCUUCUUCCUCUCUAACCCAUGGCAUCCACGUCUUCCACUGCCCCGACCAAGUUGGGAUAGUUGCAAAGCUAUCAGAACGCAUAGCUUCAAGAGGAGGAAACAUACUUGGGGCCGAUAUUUUUGUCCCUGAAAAAAAGAACGUCUUUUAUUCCAGAAAUGAGUUUCUUUUUGACCCUGUCAAAUGGCCUCGGGAGCAAAUGGAUGAAGACUUCCUAAAUCUUUCAAAACUGUUCAGCGCUACGAGAUCCGUUGUCAGGGUCCCUGAUCUUGAUCCCAAGUUUAAAAUUGGUAUCCUUGCUUCAAAACAGGACCAUUGCCUGGUAGAUUUGCUACACCGAUGGCAGGAGGGAAGACUUCCAGUUGAAAUUACUUGUGUGAUAAGUAAUCAUGAAAGAGGCCCAAACACUCAUGUGAUACGCUUUCUUGAAAGGAAUAAUAUUCCAUAUCAUUAUUUGAACACCACAAAAGAGAACAAAAGAGAAGGGGAGAUGUUAGAGUUAGUUCUAGAUACUGAUUUUCUGGUACUUGCCAGGUAUAUGCAGAUUUUAUCUGGUAAUUUUUUGAGGACAUACGGGAAGGAUGUAAUUAACAUUCACCAUGGCCUUUUGCCAUCAUUUAAGGGUGGAAAUCCAUCCAAACAGGCUUUUGAUGCGGGUGUGAAAUUAAUUGGUGCGACAAGUCACUUUGUGACUGAAGAACUUGAUUCGGGGCCUAUUAUUGAACAAAUGGUUGAAAGAGUUUCUCACAGAGACAAUUUGGAGAGUUUUGUGCAAAAAUCAGAGAACCUCGAGAGGCAAUGCCUUGCAAAAGCUAUGAGAUCAUACUGUGAACUGCGAGUGUUGCCAUACGAGGAAAACAGGACUGUUGUAUUUUAAGAGCGAAAAUCAGAAGAUAAAGCAGUGUGAAAGGAGGAGGUUAGGGUGUUAUGCACCUUUAGUGAGUCAUUUAGAUUGUCUAGCAAAAGUAAUUUCACUCCAUACAUCUCUAGGUGCAUAUGCCAGCUCUUAAAAGUCCUCCAAAAUAGCUGGUUUUUGUCAAUCUGGGGAAUCUUGUUCAUCUUCCUUUGCCUUUAUCUAAAGAAGAGGAGGAAAAUUUGGUGCAGUUAACUUCCUGAUAGAGGAUUAUUUGCUUAGAGAGCUUUGCCUGGUUUGUGUGCCAUAUCAAAUAUCAAGCUAACCAAGUGGUUGAGCAAGCUCUGAGUGGGGACCACAUUACUGUAAUUGCAGAUUUUUCAUAGUGAUUGGUGAGUUUCUUUUGAUGAAUAAAUGAAAACUAACAAUGUGAAUGAUUGAUGUAAGUUAGGGUGCAAUGAUUGUGAUAGUAUGGGAGUGUUAUGCCA